GUAAGCGUCCACUACUGUUCCGGCUACUACGCUGCAGCGCGUGGAGGGAGGAAGCGGAGGAAUCGCAGGACACACAGCUGUCGGCGAGUCUCCCGAACUUUCUCUUGGUUCCCUCUGGCCGGAGUCAGCGGCACCAUGUCCGGCAGCUGGUGGAGCGGCGCCGCGGUGACCCACGGGCUGAUGGCUCUGUUCGCCAUGGGCUCCUGGGUUUCCGUCAACAGUCUGUGGGUCGAGCUGCCGGUGGUCGUCAAGGUGCUGCCCGAAGCGUGGAACCUGCCUGCCUACCUCUCGGUAUUGAUAGCCUUCGGGAACCUGGGUCCGAUCGCGGUGACCGUCACUCACCACUGUGCCCCGGGGCGACUGAACGAACGCCUGGUCAUCCACUGCAUCCAGGCGCUAGCGGUGGUGGCGGCCGCUCUCCUGGCCGUCUUCUGGUCGCACACCGUCACAAUAGCGGGAGAGAAUAGGUCGCUGCCGUUCAUGCUCUUCACCUUUGUGUUGUCGUUGGUCUGCUGCACGUCCAACGUCACCUUCCUGCCCUUCACGUUCCGCUACCCCCCUCAGUACAUCCGUACUUUCUUCAUCGGUCAGGGCCUCAGUGCCUUGUUUCCGUGUAUCGUGGCCUUAGGGCAAGGCGUCAGCAAGCUGGAGUGUAAAACUGUCAACGGCACGGUGCAUCCAGAGUACUUAAAGGAGAGAUUUCCCGCUCAGAAUUUCUUCUGGUUCUUGUUUGUCAUGCUAGUGGUCUCGGCUCUGAGCUUCCUGGCUUUGUCGCGGAGACAGACCGAGUCGCAGCAAGACGACGCGCCGCCGGCGGCCGAUGGCGCGGCGGCGACGAAGAACGGAGGGGAGACGCACCCGCUGCACAACGGAGGGUCGCCGGUGUCCGAGGAGCAUGUGCACGUGGAGGAACAGCCGCCAGCUCAGACAUUCUGGACCUCACGAAACAUCUACCUGCUGUCGCUGCUCGCCGUCUCCAACGCCCUCACCAACGGGGUCCUGCCGUCGGUGCAGAGUUUCACCUGUCUGCCCUACAGCACCAUGACCUUUCACCUCUCCGUGGUCUUUGGCAACAUAGCGAACCCCCUGGCCUGCUUCCUGGCCAUGUUCGUCGUCCUCAGGACCUCCAUGGGUCUUGGGUUCUUGUCUUUGGCAGGCGGAGUGUUUGCUGCAUAUCUCAUGGGCGUAGCAGCGCUCAGCCCCUGUCCACCGCUCAUGGGAAACCCUGCUGGUCAAGCUUUAGUGGUCGUCUCCUGGAUCAUCUUCACCGGCCUCUUCUCGUAUCUGAAGGUGGUGAUUGGGACUUUGCUUCACGAGGAGGGUCACGCCGCCCUGCUGUGGUGCGGCAUCGCCAUCCAGGCCGGCUCCCUGGUCGGAGCCCUCACCAUAUUCCCCCUGGUCAAUGUCUAUCAAGUGUUUGCCAGAGCUCAGGAGUGUGUGGACAACUGCAGUUAGCAGGCGGGGAGAGAUAUUUAAUGUUUCCUCACAAGGAACUGGCUUUUUUGUUUUUGUUUUUUGUGGUUCCUGAAUGACGCACCAGAUCUGUCUUGGCCUCAUUUCCCUCGAGGAUCAUGCCUUCAUCCUCCCUUUGACUCUUGAGAGGCCUCUGAGCCCGCGGAAGCAAAAACAUUCCCUGAUAAUGGGAGCACUGUGAUUCUUCUGCACAUUGACCAAGAGGAUAUGAAUCGCGUAGGAUGGGGGGGGGGAACACCGCAAGUGCUUUGUGUGGUAUUUUAUAAUAAAAACACUGUAGUUGAAAGUUGGAAAAAACAACUGCUGAUGGGUUUUUCCCACAACAACAGAUCAUGUGAAAAGUUAUUUCUUCAGGGACACAACCAUUAACUUAUUCAUCCCCAUUCUUUGCUCCUGGAGCUAAUUAUUGAGUUAGAUGCAAACUGUAGUCCAAUCCCUAAAUGUCAAACAUUAUUGCUUCCUUUUUUGUUUUCAAAUGUCUGACUAUAUCUUCCCUUUUGAUUCCCUAUAAGCAUGAAAUACAACUUGUAAAAUAUCAUCAGUCGGAUACAAUAUACAGCUUCUUGUAUUAUAAAAGUUAUAAUGCAGUAACUUUAAACACACUCUGGCAUUUCUUGAUUUUAUUCCAAAGUGUUAAUUAGAGCUGCAGCAGUUAAUCGAUUAGUAAUCGACUACUAAAUUAACCAACAACUAUUUUGAUAAUUCAUUAAUCUUCAAAAAGUCUAAACUCUCUGAUUUCAGCUUCUUCCAUGUGAAUAUGUUCUGGUUUCCUCGCUCCUCUAUGACAGUAAACUGAAUAUCUUUGGUCUGUUGACAAAACAAAAUAUCAUCUUGCGGUUGGAGAAACACUAUCCACUUUUUUUUGGCAUUUUAUGACAUUUUAUGGACCAAAGAACUAAUCGAUAAUCGAGAAAACAAUUGAGAGAUUAAUCGAUAACGGAAAAUAAUCGUUAGUUGCAGCCCUAGUGUUGACCUUAACAAAAUGUGGCUUUCAUAAAUGUCAGGUUUCCUUUAGAUUUAAACUCAUUUAUGAAUUUAUUAUCCAGUUAUGUUGUUACCUGAAGGAAAUAAUUGAUCUGUCCUUGAUGAAUAGUAAAGUAAUUAGUGUGAAGUUUUGAGGGACAGGGAAUUUUUGUUAUCAAAUGUAAUGAAUAUCUUUUAUACUCAAUAAUACCUUGUGAGGUAAUUCUGUCCACAUUGCUGCUACAGUACAUUGUAAACGGAAGAGUGUCUUUUGAAUUUGCCUGGACUUUAUCUUGGGAAUCUAGCUUUUUAUUAAUAAUUUUGUUAUUCAAUAAUCUGUUAAAUUUGUGACAUUUCACAUCUGUUGCCAUUUUGUUGAUUUUUAAUUUUUUUUAUUGAAUGUUAUUCAUACAUUAUCGUAUUACAUUAAAUGGCUACAAUUUGUUGAAAA